UUUACUGGAACCUCUAAACAGUGGUGUAUACUAUUCAAGUACAAUUUUGUGUUACUUUGUACUUCUACUCCACUACAAUUCAGAGGUAAAUUGUGUCAUUUUUCUCCCAGUCAUUUGUUUUUAAUUAUCUUUAGUUACUUAGCUUAUUUAAAUAAGACUUAAUUAAACCUGGAGUAAAUUCACAAGCUACCCUGCAGUAUACAAAGCAAUUAAACUGUACCUUUACCAGUUUUAUUAAACUCAUUAAUGCAGCAAUAUGUAUAAUCAAAACAUGUAGUAUAUAAUAUGCUGAAAUGGACCGAUCUGCAAAAUGAGUACUUUUGGUACUUUAAGUUUAUUUUGAUGCCAAUACUUUUCUACUUUUAAUUGAGUAACAUUUUGAUGGCAGGACUUUCACUUGUUGUUACAGAGUAUUCCUACUCUAUGGUACUUCUACUUUUACUCAAGAUCUAAGUUAUAUUCCCACCACUGCCUCUAAAUAAAAAACGGGGAAAAAAAGUGUGUUUUUACACCAACAACUAGUCUCGUGCUGUCAGGUGAUUGCAACCACCGAUGGGUGGGACUUUCCCAUCCAAAAGGCGGGGGGACGUUUUCCACAUAAAUACUCGCAGAAUGCGUCGAAGCGCUAAAUGACCCUGGGAAAGAUCAGCUUUAGGACGCACAGAAUUUCCUUGAGACUUGGAAGAUAAGGUUGCUUUUAGCGACUGUGGAAAUGGAAAUCUGAGCGUGGUGACAUCAAGAAAAUGCCGCAGGAUGAAAAUUCAAGUGUGAGGUUUCUCUUUCAAGCGACUGAGGAAAAUAACGAGAGAGUUGAUUUUGACCCCAGAGAUACCUGAUGAAUAUCGCGGGAGACGCGCAACACGCCUACUGAUAUAGGUGGAGAGGAAAAGGCGCACAGACACCAGCACUACCUCCUUCAACAUGGAUGGCUACUACAAUUGGACGUCAAUAUCUGACAACGUCACCUUGCCUUCCUCCAAGCCCUACCCAAGCUACCCCACACACACAAAUAACUCAGACUUGCCCGAACCAAUGUCCUUCAACGUGGUCACUGCAGUUGUCUACAGCAUCGUCUUUAUUGUGGGUCUUCUGGGUAACACUCUGGUCAUCUAUGUGGUGGUUCGCUACACCAAGAUGAAGACUAUAACCAACAUGUACAUCCUCAAUCUAGCCUUGGCGGAUGAACUCUACAUCCUGGGAAUUCCUUUCCUAGGCACCAGUAGUGUGCUUUCCUACUGGCCUUAUGGAGAUUUCUUCUGCAAGGUGUACAUGACUGCUGAUGCCAUGUGCCAGUUCUCCUCCACCUUUUGCCUGACGGUGAUGAGCAUUGAUCGCUACAUGGCUGUGGUUCAUCCUGGUCGCAGUGCCAAUUGGCGGAAGCCCCAGGUGGCCAAGACUUUGAAUGGCAUGGUGUGGGUUGUGUCCUUUGUGGUCGUGCUGCCCGUCACAAUCUACUCACAUGUACAGGAGGAGUUCAACACCUGCAACAUUACCUGGCCUGAGCCGCACGAUUUGUGGGCCAUUGCCUUCAUCCUCUACACAUCCAUCUUGGGCUUCUUUGGUCCUCUGGUUGUCAUCUGCCUCUGCUACCUGCUCAUUGUCAUCAAGGUGAGGUCAGCGGGUGUGCGUGCAGGCCGGACCAGGUGGCGUAGAUCAGAGCGGAAGGUGACACGCAUGGUGGUGAUCAUCGUAUUGGUGUUCGUACUUUGUUGGCUGCCCUUCUUCACUACCAACAUGGUCAACCUGAUUCAUAUCAUCCCUGAGAGCAAUACCAAUGCUGCCAUCUACUUCUUCCUGGUCAUCCUCACCUAUGUCAACUCCUGCGCCAACCCAAUCCUCUACGGCUUCCUCUCUGACAACUUCAGGCAGAGCUUCAAGAAGGUGCUCUGCAUCCAGAAGCCAAACACUGCUGGGAACGCAGGCCAGAUGAGAGGUAGACCGACUUCCCCCGAGGAAAACCACAAUCCUGUUUCCUCGCCAGAAAAUCACACACAGAAUGGAACCAUGCAGAGCAUUCAGCAGCCUGUCCAAAUGCCGGUUAUUGAGGACCUUGACAAUCACCCUUUUACUACAAAAACAGAGCUGAAUGGCCAGCAAUUGCUUUGAGUCUUCAAGCAUGGUCACCAUGAUCUAGUGUGCUACAAAAUGGGACGUGGGACUGUUCACUCCUGGACCAUUCUUUGAUAGGUAUUUCCUGUCUUUAUUGCUGAUACUCCCUAUCUGACUGGGACUUUUGUAGAGAGGACCAGAGUGAGCAAAUAACCCUCAUUACUGAUUUGUGUUUGUUCUCUAUGUCUUUGAACUGUAUUUAGGCUGGCUGCAGUGUACAAGCAUUAGGCUAUGUAAAGAUGCAACAUCUCAAAAUGAAACAAAACACGUUUCAAAAGCUGUAUGCUCUCAAACUGCUGUUUUUACCUUAACUGCAUAGACAAAAAUACAGGAGGCAUUUUUCUCCAAUUUAUUUUCACAUUUGAUCAUAUAAGAAGCCUUGUUAAAUGUACUGCUGGUGCUUUUUGCUAUUGAUGCAAUCACUGUAUACCUGUUAUCUUGAUGAAAACUGUAUAAUGUACAUUAGCCAGCACGUGAAACACCAGUUUGUGCAGGUGGACGGUUGGGCAGGUAGACGGGCAGGUAGGCCGUCCAAUCACUUCUUGCAGGCCAAAUGAAUUGAUUGGACAGGCCUGCAAAAACUUCAGUUAACGUUUGUAGUUUUUUGUUUUUUUUAUUUAUUGAUAAUUGUUGGAAAGUAGAGAAUUUCAACAAAAACAACUAUUUGCAUAUACCCUAGCUUUAACAUUCAGGGAAGAAUCUUGGAAAUAUUUGUUUCGUAAACACAUUUUGUUUCUUGUAAAACGCUUUCAUCUAACAGUCAACAAUAAAUGAUACAGCCGUACUUCCCCAAAUAUUAAUCUGCUAUUUUCUCUGAUAUUUGGUGCUGCGAUACAUUAUGCUGAAUUUAUCAUGUGAGCCAUUUUAGUACAGAUCAUUUCACCUUGUUUUUUUGUUUUUUUACCGGGAGUUACGGUAAUAUUGAAAUUCCGCAGUUGUUCUCUUUCUUACAGUAAACUUGUGCUGCUUUAAGUAGAUUGAGCACUGCUCUGUUGGUUAAUUGUAAAGCUUGUUAAAACAUUUGUCAUGUCCAUUACAAUUAUAUUUUUCCUGGCUUGUUAGAUAGGGCUUUUUUGUGACAUUUUAACAUCAAUGUAACUAAUCUAUAAACAUUCCUUGAAGUCGCUCAGCCAAAUAUUGUACAUAUACGUCUAUCUCUUCUAUCUUAUAUUUCUAAAACAGAAUCUGCUGGAGCAGAUGCCAUGGAGAAGUAAAGUGAGCAUUUAGCUCCUGGACUUUGAGCUUUCAUAUUGUAUGCCAACCUUAUUGGGAAAUUGCUGUGGCAAAUUUUAACGUAAGCCAAGCAAAACCAUGCUAACAAUGUUUGUGGUGGGUUUGAGUUCAGCAAGAAGGACCUGUGGAAAAAUUGAUACCUUGAAGGAUACAUUGUUUGUGUGUGAAAAGCACUGAAUUAAAACAAAAAUAAGAUUAUAGGCCACUUUAGUUGUGGAGUUUUGAGUUCUACAUCCUUAAACAAAUAAAAGAUCUAAUGUCAGAAAAAUAAAAUCA